AUGAACGCCGAUUCAUCGUUCCGGCAUCGCAACUGGGCACGCACGUUCCACUGGAUUGUUCAGAGUUUCGCCGUCGCACUACCGGAGAUUCAAGAUUCCACUGGCCUCAACAGCGUAGGAGUGGCUGGUGUUAUGUCGGCUAUGGACCUGACGGCAGGGCAGUUCGCUCUGCCCAGCGGCCUAGUCGUGGACGUUCUGCGUUGCUACUGGGAACUGCUGCUGGGACUGUUCGCGUCAGCAGCGGUAGUGAGGCAGACCAAUGCCAGCAUUCACCACUCGACCCGUCGUCAUGAGCGCCAGGGCGUCGUAACCUCCGGCCACUACCUGGUCUCCUCCGUUGGCUUGCAGAUGCUGAUGCGCGGCGGCAACGCCAUCGAUGCGGCAGCGGCUAUGGGCAUCUGCGAGACGCUGCUUGAGCCCCAGUCCUGCGGAAUCGGCGGCGAAGUCCCCACCCUCGUAUAUAUAGCGAAAGAGCGUCGCACCUACGCCGUAUCCGGCAUGGGCUGGUCUCCCGAGGCGCUCACCAUCGACUGGUGUCGUCAAACGGCAUAG